AUGGCGACUGAAGAGGUCAGCAAACCUCCAGCACUCCCUCCAUAUCGACAGAUGAUUAUGGAAGCUUUGGAUUCAUUGAAGCAAAAGGAGGGAGCAAACAAGACAUCGAUAUCGGAAUACAUAGAAUCCAAGUAUAAAGACUUGCCUGCUGCGCAUGUAAACUUGUUAUCAGCCCAUUUGACUGCAAUGAAGGACAGUGGGGAGCUUUUAUUCAUCAAGAACAACUACCUGAAGCCGGGAACGGAAAUCCCACCGAAGCGCGGCCGAGGACGUCCAAGGAAGGACCCAAAUUCAUUACCUGAACCGAAGAAGCCAAAGCCAGCGGCGGUUGCCCCAGCUGAUUCAAAGACUGGAAGGCCAAGGGGCAGGCCGAGGAAGGUGAAUCCACAGCCUGCACCAAAUGGCUUGGAAGGCGUCUUCCUUUGUGUUUCACCUUUGUAUGAUGUUACUUUGCGGACUGUGGUCUAG